CGUAUUCUUAAAUAUUUUAAGUCAACAAAUCAAAUAAACGUCUGAAUUGCAACUAAAGUUUUGGUUGGUUAUUCAAGCCUUUAGAGUUUUAGACCAAUCAAAUAAACAUCAACAACUACAAUGACUUAUAAUGUUAACCAUUUUCAAUGACUAUUCUAGUUCAUACUUGGUGGCAUCACUGGAGCUAAUCAGAAAUGCCUUUCAGUUGGGCAUCGAUUAUUUUAACCUUAUUUUGCUUAAUUUGUAAAUGUUUGUCAAAUGUAAACUAUCCAAGUUGCAGUGUAUCCCAAUAUUUAAUGCACAAUGAAUCAGAUAUAGAAUUGCUUACAAGUGAUAAUGAAUGUCAUGUUGUUUUAGUCGAAAGUAUACCUGAGAAUGUCACAUUUUCAAUGGGUUCCCCAAAACACCUAUCAACCUAUAUGGCAUGGAAACUUUUAAUUGAUUCUGCCGAGAAAAAUAUUUCAAUUGCAUCAUUUUACUGGAGUUUAUCCGUAGAUAAAAAGUUCAAUUUCACUGCUACUGAACAGGGGUCAAAUAUACUAAAAAUGUUAGUUGAUCGAGGAAAAGAAGUUGACCUAAAAAUAGCUCAAAAUGGAAAGGAAACAAAUUCCACAGAUUUGAUGAACUUGACCGAAUCUGGCGCUCAAAUUAGAUGGCUUGAUUUUCAUCGACUUGUUGGACAAGGGGUUUUACAUACAAAGUUAUGGUCAGUUGAUGCCAAAAAUGGUUAUGUGGGUAGCGCAAAUAUGGACUGGAGAUCACUAACACAAGUUAAAGAGUUAGGCGUUCUUAUAUAUAACUGUCCAGAAAUAAUGAACGACUUGGAAAAAGUAUGGAAAGUUUAUUGGUCACUUGGUAAUCCAAAUAGUUCUGUUCCUCAAAAAUGGCCUAAAGAAUUGGAAACAAACUAUAACAGAAGUAACCCACUUAUUACGAACAUUAAUGGUAUCUUAUCACGUGUAUACUUUCCAAGUUCUCCUUCUUCGUUCAACCCACCUGGACGAAAUGAUGACUUAGAUGCUCUACUCUCCGUUAUAAAUGCUGCGGAAAAAUUUAUUUAUAUAUCUGUUAUGAAUUUCCUGCCUGAAGUCAUAAAUUAUGAUAACAAUAUACAUUCACAAUUUUGGCCAGUUAUUGAUAAUGCGUUGCGUAAGGCUGCAAUUGACCGUUCUGUUGAAGUACGCUUACUAAUCAGCAAAUGGAAACAUACUUCGUCGGUUACUGAGAACUUUUUGAAUUCCAUACGAGCAAUCAGUGGAGUUCGAUCGGCUCAAGUUCGUGUUCGUUACUUUGUUGUACCUUCGUAUACUGACACACAAAAAAGAAUACCAUAUGCUCGUGUGAAUCAUAAUAAAUAUAUGGUAACCGAUAAAACAGCUUACAUAGGUACUUCUAAUUGGUCCGGUGAUUACUUCCUUUAUACGGGUGGUGUCGCUUUCGUUUAUGAAGAAGGAAAUCAUACUUCAAAUGACUUAAAUCAAGAAAAUACGGAUCAUAGUGAAUUUUGUUUACCGAAACCUGUAUCUAUCAGAAAACAAUUGGAAAACGUUUUCUUUCGAGAUUGGAAUUCAGAGUUUACCAAUGAACUUUAAAUAAUUUUCUUAUAGAAGUUAAUCUUAUCAAUGGAAUAAAUUCUUAUUAUUUAUAAACACUAAACUGAUAAAUGUAAGAUUAAUGUUGUGUUUUUUUUAAGAUAAAAUAAUCGUUCAAAA